UUCUUUUGUUUUGAAAAUUAGAUCAUCUUGUUUCCGGGGUGAUUGAAACACCUCUGAAACGUUAAAUGUGUUUUCUGUGCACGUUUCCAUGAGGUUGAAUGGCGUCUCUCAGACUUGGGUUGAAGGAUAGAAGCGUGGCGCACUGAUGGCAACCCGUGUGCUGUGCCGACGGGUUCGCUUCCUCCCUGGCUGGAGAAAACGUUUCACCCAAGCUCAGCUCAUUCACACCAAACCAAAGGAAGAAAUAACCGAUGAGGAGGAAAACAAGAAAGUGUUGGAACACCAGGACGCUUCAUUCCGAGGCGAAUACAGACUGCAUUACAAUCCUUUGUCAUAUCAUCACGUUACGAGGAACUCUGCUAAUUCUCACAGUCAGACGGAUAAUUAUGAAGAGGAGCAAUGUUUCAGUGCUCAAGCACCCUCCUGUUGGCAGCAGAGCAAUCGCUACAGCGUGAGUUGCUCGCGACACCUCUCGAGCUCCAAAAACACACUACUUGAUUUAGCUUUUAACAAGGCUUCUGAAACUGAGGCACCAUCUGCACUGUCCUACAACAGGAAGCAAGUACCACCAGAUGUUAAAGUUGACACACGAGCUUUCCUUAAAUGCAGACCAGAGUACACUUCUCUGUCCCUCAACCUCACCCAGCGACCUCACCCAAUAGAAUGGGUAGACGUAUUGCCACUACUUCAAAAAGUGUCUGUUUUAAAGGGCAGGAUGAAGCCGUCUGAUGUGUCACAGUUUCUUGUGGAGCUCAGCAAGUUGCAACCAGACAAGAUGCCUUUGCUGUUAAGUGACCAGCGCUUUAUCAUGCUUCUCCAAUAUUCUGUGGAGCACCUCCGCAUCUUCUCUGAGGUACAGCUGCUGGAGGUGUUGCAGUCAUUUGUGUGGUUGGAGAUUCCUGCGUCCCACACUGUGCUCGAUGUGUUUGAAGCCGAACUGAGACGCCAGGCCAACCAGCUGACCUUACAUCAGUUGUUAUUAGCUGCUGACUUGUGGCGCUGUAUUGGGAGGCAGGUGCCACAGUACUUGCAGUGCCUCUAUGACUCAGUUCACCUUCAUGUGGGACAGGUAGGAGCCCCUGAGCUGGUGCAAUUGCUUUAUAUAAUUGGCGAAGGUAGGCACUGUCCAAAAGACUUGAUCCGUCCUGUAGAGCAACUUCUUAUGCGUCAUUUAUCACAACUGCAUCCUGAGGAGGUCGGCACUGUAUGUCUGGGACUCUUUAAAUCCCAAACUUCACUUUCAGAGGGUGCAGUUACUCGUAUUGUUGAUAGGGCACUCUCUUUUGUGACUGAGAUGGGUGACUUUGCAAUGGUCAAUGUGCUGAAAUACCUGCGUUUCAGUUAUCUUUAUCACAGGACGUGGCUGGAAGCCAUGGCACAGGAAGUUCCUCGACGGACCCACCGGAUGGGAGUCCAGGGCCUAAUGCAUGUGACUUUAACUUGUUCAGCUCUUCAUUACCGCAACGACAGCAUCCUGACUUCUGUUGCAGAGAGCAUUCCCUCUCUAGUUCCGCAUUGCAGGAGUAAAGACUCAAGCAAACUCCUGUGGGCCUUUGGCACCUUAGGAUUUCUUCCCAUUCAGAGUCCGGGUUUCUAUCCAAGCCUGAUAGAUGCCCUGAGGAAGAGGAAAGCAGAGUUCCAGCGAUACCCUGAACACCUUCUGACUGGCCUUCUAGGUUUGGCUUUUGUCUCUCAGUUCCCAGAGGACCUUGUUACAUUAGCUCUAAGCCCUGAGUUUGUCUACUUAUCAUUGAGGAACUCUCAGCUGGAGCUGAAAAAAGACAUGUUCACCUUGGAUGGAGCUGUGGCUCUGGAACUGCCUCAGUGGAAAGGCCCACGGUUGAGUGGCGAACUCAGGGAAGAGGUGGCGGAAAUGCUGUGGAAGUUCGCGCAGUCGGACGUUUGCCUGAAACCAGAGGUUUUGGAGGCAGAAUCAGCUCUUCAGGAUCUUCUCGGGGGAGACAAGUUUGUAUGUAAGAGAAUGAUCCUACCCCACACUCGCUCCAUCGACCUCGAAGUGCAUCUAGACUCCAACGGACAGCCUGUACCUGUGAACCUACUGUGUCCAAAGCAGAGUGCCACCAUGAUUCCUUCUCCCCAAAGCUUGGAGAAAAUAAACUCGGGAAUACCUAUAACCGACAAACUUUUAGCACAGUUAAUAAAAGGCAAAAACACCACAGAUUCCUUAGCUUCCUCUGUUAAAGUUACACCCACACCAUGCCAAAGGCUACCACCUGACGAAGGUGGGAGACUUUUUGAUUCAGUUCUAGAUUUGACCAAUGACAUGAUAGAAACUCUCACCAAACCCAGCCGAAGAGACUCCACUCACCAGGACUCUGCUUGCCAAGGCUUCAAAGGCCCGAUCAAAAUCGCAGUCCAGAUCUCCAGCAGGAACCACUACUGCGCACAGUCACAGCAGCUGCUGGGCCUUCAUGCCAUGAAGAGACGACACUUGAAGAUAGCAGGAUACAGGGUGGUAGAGCUGAGCCAUCAGGAGUGGUCGUCAAUGCUGAGGAAAAGCAGGGCAGCGAAGCUGGCAUAUCUGCACUGCAAAAUCUAUGACAACCUGUAGGGAUUCCAAGACCUCAUGAAAAAUUACAUUGAACAGUAUUGCAAAAAUAUUCAAUCCCCCGUUGCACCCUGAAAUCUUGAUUAUGUGCAAAGUACAGAAACAUCUACUAGGUAGAUAUUUUAACUCAGCAUUUGUUUGGUAUGUGCAAUGGAUCUCCAAACUGCAUGCACCACUCUUAGAGACCAUAUAAAACAAGACCAUAAAAACGUUUUUUCACUUUUUAAUGUGACAUCAAUCCUGUACAAUAAAUUACAAAAAACGAUUAGGGAAAACGUGUAAAAAAAUAAAAGGGCUACGAUAACAUGGUUUCAUAAUUAUACAUACAAUGAAGGUAAUAGUUUGUUAAUGCACAUUAUAGUUCAAAAGCAGCAUUUAUUCUUUUUUAGUAGCAGCCUCUUGCAAAAGUUCUUCAAAUCUAUCAGAUUUUGUCCACAUCCCUCUUCAUAUUUUCUGUCAGAUCUGCUCUUUUGUUGAUUGUUUGCUUGGACUCUGCUGAAAAAAAGAAUCCAUGUUCAUCUUGGUCUUGCAGGUAGACAGCUGAAGGUUUUGGAUAAAAACUAGUUAGUAUUUGGCGCUUUCUGUAAUUUUCUUCACCCAAACCACAGUUUCCUCUGGAGGAAAGUAACCCUAGAUCAAAAGUUUGUACAGUUUGUAAUUGUACCCCAAAAAUCUGUUUGGUUUCAUUAGACCAAAUUCGUUUAGAUUAUUUUAUCCAGGCCUGGAUAUUUUCUUUGGGAAGAAAAGGCAUCUGUUUUGAAACCCUACUUCGUAGUCCAGACAUACAUAUUUAAAACAUAGCCAGUGGCCUUUGGAAAUUCCUGCAGCUUCUUUAUCGUUGGUGCCAAGCUCUUUGCAGUUUCGCAGACCAGUAUCUGUAAUGUUGUUUUAAUAAUGCAUUUAAUUUCAAAGCGACUUAUAGGUCACUCAAGGACACUGUACAAGAAAAGACACAAAAUGGAACAACAGUUAGAAAUAUUUGUCUGUUAAACAGUCAAACAAUUUGGCACUUUUCGAGAAGAGGCAGAUUUUUGUGAUCUCUCUUUUGUUACACAAGUACUAAUUGUUCUCACUGUUACUGCUAUGGAUUUUGUUUAGUAUCUUUCUCCUGACUGAUGCCUUUGUUCAAUUAGAUGAUUUUCAGGCUCCACAAUUUCUCUUUAAGCUAUAAAAGACACAUUAAGUACAUUUCAGGAAUAUCUGUAGGGAAACUUGAACUUUAUUUUUAGUUGAUUAUAUUUACUUGAUGUUAGGUGUGAAUUCAAGAAACGAAAUGCUAAAAUUGAACCAAAAGGUGCUGGUCAAGGUUGUGCACAUUGAUGCAACACGUUUUGUUUUUUUUCAGUUGAAUUGUACAGAACAAAUGUCACACUAAUGGUGAAAAAAUGUUUCAAAAUAAUUUAUAAUGGUGACAUUUUUUACACAACAAAGAUCUGACAGUUUGAUGAGGUGUGUAUACUUCUGAGAUCCACUGUAUGCUUUGGAUAAUGUUUCUUUGUGGUUUCAAAUGCGCAUUCAUGUUUGUGAAACAAUGCAAAUUAAAUAUUAUUGAACACCCUU